GAGUCACUUCCGGCCUGGCGCUGGGGAGGGAGGAGUGGAGGCGGGAUCUCAGGUCCGACGGAAGGCGGAAAUGGGUGUGCGGCGGCGGUGACAGCUCUGGGGCUUCCCUCCUGCCCCUCCCACUCCCAUCAGCCUCCGAGCAGGCGCAAUAGGCCUCUGGGUCGCGCCAAGGAUGGUCGUGCAGCCCUGAGGCGGCCCCGGUCACCCUCACGGCUCAGCGCUCGGCCUCGGCCUGCCCGUCGCUCCUAGCAGCGCGGUUGUCUUGCGUCUCUUGUAUUCCUCUUCCCCUUUGGCCCCUGCACGGCUCGGCGGUAGCAAUGCCCCGUUAUUGCGCCGCGUUUAGCUGUAAGAACCGCCGAGGACGAAACAAUAAAGACCGGAAACUGAGUUUCUACCCGUUUCCUCUUCAUGACAAAGAGAGACUUGAAAAAUGGUUACGGAAUAUGAAACGUGAUACAUGGGUUCCCAGUAAAUACCAGUUCCUGUGCAGUGACCAUUUUACUCCUGACUCUCUUGACAUCAGAUGGGGCAUUCGAUAUUUAAAACAAACUGCUGUACCAACUAUUUUUUCUUUACCUGAGGACAGUCAGGAAAAAGAUGAUGCAAAAAAUAAGCCUCAGGAAAAAAAAGCAGAAGAUGAGAGAGAAAUAUGCCUAAUGGUAAAGUCAGAAGAAUUAUCUGCACAAAUGGAACCAAAGAAAAAUAUAGUAAGCACAGAAAAUUUUGCUGGAAGUACAAAUUUACUUUAUUCAUCCUCUUUGAGUGAACCACUACAAAAGGAUAAGCCACCAGUUUCCAGUAUGGAAAAUCCACAUAAUGGCACAUUAACUAUUAAUUCUCCAAUUCCACAACAUAUUGAAAAACCAAAUCCUGUUUUAGAAACAGCAGUUGUCCAGGAUAUAGAAGUCAGUAGCUUUCAUACUUCUCUUGAGAACCUCUUAAAUACUACAGCUGCUACUCUGAAUGUCUCAGAUCCAGAGCAUGUGCAUCUCUCUGUGGAACCCAGUAAUAUAGUUGAAACAGCUAUAGAUCAUCUCUCUAAUCCAGAUAUCACAGAUAUUUCUGUGUCAACACAGGAAAAUACUGUCUUACUGAGUACCAUUACUCAGACAAUUGAAGAGCUGAACACAGAUGAAGAAUCAGUUAUUACCAUUCUAGUGCCUACUGAAAACUCUAAGCCAUCUACCAGUUCAUUCAUGCCAACAGAGCAAGAGAGCAUAGAUGUGGAAGAUGUAGAUAUUGAAGACUCCUUAUAUGAUGACACAGACUAUGGAAUUGAAGUACUACAAAGUGAGCACUCUUAUUGCAGGCAAGAUAUUAACAGGGAACUUCUUUGGCAAAAAGUUACCAAACUACAUUCAAAGAUAACCCUUCUUGAACUACAGGAGCAACAAACUCUAGGAAGACUCAAAUCUCUAGAAACUCUUAUAGGCCAGCUAAAACAAGAAAACUUGCUAUCUGAAGAAAAACUCAAGAUUGUAGAAAAUUGUUUCACAACAUUUGAAGUUACUAUGAUAGAAUAAAAACUUUUUAGAAGCCAUGAUUUUAUAUAAGAUCAUUACAAACUGUUUGAUUAUCCCUGAUUUAUUUACAAGGUGACCUAUUUUCCAGCAUGAAUCUCAUACUCUUAAUGAUGUUUAUGAAAAUACAAUGUCAUAAAAGCCCUCUUGUUUUCAUAAAAUCCAGAAUUAGGAAAUUGCCAUUUAAAGUGAUUAGCUAAGAAGCACAAUGAGUGAAACUGGAAAAAAAAACAUUUAAAUAUUUGUAUUUUAGCCUAAGGAAGCAUUUGUGACAAAUUCUCUCAUUUGAUUCUAAUACUCCACAUGCUAACAUUGUGGAGGAGCAACAUCUUUUUUAUUUUUUAUUUUUUAUUAUUUUUUUUUUUGCAGGGGGGGAAGGCAGGGCAAUUGGGGUUAAGUGACUUGCCCAAGGUUACACAGCUAGGUCAGUCAGGUACUCCUGAUUCCAGGGCCGGUGCUGUACUCACUGCGCCACCUAGCUGCCCCUAGAGGGGCAACAUCUUAUGGUAAUUAUAUAAUACUUAAUUUAUUGUAAGAUAUGGCUGAAUUCUAAAGAUUGAGCUCCUAUUCUGUGAAGUGAGAAGAACAGUAAAAUGGGAGUCAGUAAGCCUGUGAUGUCACAUAGCUUUCUCUUGGCUAGCUGUGUAAACUUGGAAAAUCACACCUGUAUUUCAGGUGUCUCAUCUGUAAAAUAAGGGAAUUAGAUCAAGGGAUCUUGUCAGCUCUAAAAUUCUGUUCCUGUGAGACCCUUCCUUACUAAAGAGCAUUAUAAACAGAUUUACUUCAAAGAUAUUUUACGAUGCAUCUUGAUCAUAGUUAUUGCUUUUGUUGUCUGGAUAGCUAAGUAUUUACUUUUAUAAGAAUUCCUGUGUGGUUUAACCUUUCAACUGCAAUUCAUUUCUUUAAUAAAGUGUGUCCCAGGAUUGUUUUGUUUUCAUUUGAACUGCAUUGUAAACUGGGCACCACCUUUACACAGUGCCCAGUUGUGUUCUUGGGAUAAGAUUCUCUUAAACCUUAAGCAUUACUUCUUAAGUUAUAAAUAUACCUUGUGUGGUUGGCCAUUGUAAUAGUCAUCUAGGAGCUUAAUAAAAGACUACCAGCUGUAUCUUUCUAUUUCAUAAAUACAAGGGAUAACUUAAUAAAUGGGGAAAAAAAUUAAGCACAAUUUUCAUAAUACUCAUUCCAUAGUAUUCGCUCCUUAAUGAGUAUUAAUUGACUUUUUUUUUAAUUGCUUGUAUGUUGGGCAUUCCAAAUAAUGUUUUUGUUUCUUGGGACACUGGUAUAAUAAUGAACAUCAUUCCCACUCAUCUUCAUUUUAAUUUGUUGUGUUUAACCUGUAAUCAAGAAAUUUAAGGAAAUUGAUAAAAUAUAUUGGGAAACGAAGUUGAAAGAAGAGAAUCAUACAAAUAAAAAUUGCUUUUAGAUAGCAUGAGAAAAUUAGUAGAAAAAACUAAAGUAGGAACGUAAUGACUUGAAGGAAAUAACUAAAAGCUUGAAAAAUAGCUAAUGUACUCUGAAAUUAAUAGUCAACUUGAUUGAUAAAUGUUGAUGAAGGAAUAUCCAUGACAGUAUGAAGUAUGGUAUAUUUUAUUUUGGAAGGCAAAUAAUCACUUUUGUCUCUUCUAGCCCCAUAAAUUCUAUGCUUAUUUUCCAACAGAUAAUUUCUUAGUUGUCGUUUUCUUAAAUUGAUGUUAAAAUUUUACAUUGUCUAAAAUAUUUAUCAAUUGACAGUAGAUGAAGGUGGCCUGGAAUCAUGUGGAGUGGUAGAGGGAAAGCUAACCUGAGUUUUAAAAUAUGGUGUCAAAUGAGAAUGUGAAUAACUAAAAAAUAAUUUUUAAAAGGUGUAUUAAUGUUGUUCCCUUUCAUUUAAAACUUAGUGGGAUGUGAAACAUCUUGUUAUGUUGGAUGAAAAUGAGAGCAUGAUUCUUUCCCCCAUAAUCACAAGCAAGUAAUGUUACAAGGUUAGCAAUUCUCAAUUUUAGUCAAGGUAGACUAUAAUUAAUUGUUUAUGCAAAGGCAUAGUUUAUAUUUUGUAUUUUUUUUUUCAGAAAUAAGUUUGGUUAGAUAGAAAUAUUGUCUGAAAACGACUUAGGACUAUUAGGUGUUGUCCUUGGCUUUUGUUUUCCCUUUUGUAUGUUUGUCUUAAUAGUACAGGAAAUCCCCACAUUGCAAGCAGACUGUGUUGUAAAAGUUGAUUUAUAAGUCAGUUGCUUGAAUAUCAUUAGAAGCCAUUUUCAAAAGAAAUAGUGUUACAAGGAAUGGUUAGUUUCCAAGUCUCACUGAUAAAAUCUUAUUUAAACAGAAAUACAGGACUGCAUGUUUGUACUAAAGAAAAAAAUGAAAAUUCUAGUCAUUUGAACAAAAAAAAUGACAAACUAAUUUUUAUCUUGCGUGCUCAUGCUUGAAGAAUAAACAAGUUUAAGUAGGAAAAGAGAGGGAAGUAGAUAGAAUAUACAGAAUGUAUUACAAGAGUCAUAUAGGUUGGUAGCAAUGAUUAUGGUGAUUAAUUUUUCUCUCAUGCUCAUCAGCUACAAUUGGAAUCAUUCUUGGCUUUCAAAGGGAGAAAAGAAAUUUUUCCAGAGGUAAAUAGAAAAGAGAUAAGGCACAAGAGUGAAAAAGGAUCUCUCUGUGGAAUAAAAUUUGCCUGACAUAAAAUUGUUCAUGGCAAAAGCCAGAUGGGAAAAAAUAUAGCAUGCUUAUAACUUAGGUCUUCCUGAGUUGAGGGAAGGGAAGUCAGACAAUCCCCCAUGAUUACUAUCAAGUGCCACUGUUGGCCUUUGACAGCCUUGUUGGCUAUGAUGACUGGGAGAGAAGGGAGACAGCAUACAACCUGCCAUAUAUAUAUGUUAGGUUCACAGAUCAAAGUUUUUGUAACUCACGUGAAACUUAAAGGAUAUGUUUCUUAUUGAAUUUAAAAUAUGGAUUUUUAUAAAGGAUUGUGUUUCAUUUGAAAUGUUAAAUAUUAGGAAACAAAAAUGUAAUAGCUCUAAUACAUUUUCGAUAGAAAAAUAAAUUUUGUAAAGCAAUUCUGAAAAUUUUAAUGCAUCUUGGAUUCCUAAAGCUAUAGUAGGUAAACUUCAUAGACCAUUCUGUAUCUUCCCCAAAAAAAGUUUUCUGGGGAUUUUUUUAUUGCGAUCCCCUUUAUAAGUAAUCAGUUAUAAUUAUUACACAGCAAAGUAUGCAUGAGACACAAUUAAGAAUAUUAUUAUCUGUUGAGUUUUGGAAUUUUAGACAUAAAAUGGACCUAUUAUUGAAAUGUUCAUGUUCCUUUUCCUCCUGC